AUGCCCACCCACGAAAAUAUGGACUACGAAGGUAGAAUGAGACCUUUACGCGCACCCUUUCGUUCAAACAGACCUGAUGUUCAUGGGCUAACCCUUUGCAUGGUGUCUUGUAAAAUUGGCUUGACUAAAGCUUGGCUCAUUCAAUGGACUGCAGUGUCCAGAUCGCCCGGGCCUACCAAAUUGAGUCCAUCUGUCGAGGACUCAACAGCAAAUCUCUUCUCAGAAAGGCCCUCAUGGGCCUAUCAUGGAGAACUAGAUCAACUACAACGGAAGUAUGGCGACAUAUUGUGUUUAUUUGCAGCCGGCAAGAGGAUUGUGGUGCUCAACUCCUACCGGCUGAUACAAGAGGUCGCGACCAAACAAUGGAAAAAGAUUGGAAGGUACACGAUGUUUGGUAACCAUCUGCUUGCGAACGGCCUCGUUGGGCGUAUUACACUACUUAAGUAA